GAAGAAGAAAAGAACAGAAAAUCGGAAUGAUGGAGAAGGAAGCACAGAGGGUUGUAUGGGAAGGAGCAAUUCCUUUGCAGAUUCAUCUCCAUGAAUCCGAAGUGACGACUCUUCCUUCUCCCCCACCCGCCCUGAUCUUAGCUCCUCGUCUUGGAUACCUUCCGCUGUUGGGCUCCCUCUUAAAGCCUUACUUCAGGUCCGCCCUUCCUCCUGGUGUCGACACUGUAUGGUUCGACUACCGAGGCUUGCCCUUGAAGUGGUAUAUACCAACUGGAGUUCUUUUUGAUCUUCUCUGUGCACAACCUGAGAGACCUUGGAAUUUAACGGUGCACUUUAGAGGAUAUCCUGGAAACAUAUUGAUCCCUUGUGAAGGUGAAGAUAGCAUAAAGUGGAGCUAUAUCAACUCUUUGAAAGAGGCAGCAUAUAUAAUCAAUGGAAGCUGCAAGAAUGUGAUGAGCAUGUCUCAACCUGAUCAGGUGGAGCUCUGGCGCUCUGUCUUAAAUGGUAAUUUGGAAGCCUACCUAUGUGUAUCUUCUAAGCUUAAGCUUGGAGCAGUUGGUGAAGUAAACUUGAGCUCGCCAAGAUCCCGACCGAGUAUGGGUGAAAUUGAUGUUUCUGGGCAGGUGAAGCAAGGCCGAGUUCCUGUUCGUUUAUAUGUUUGGAAUGUCUGUGAGGACUUUGAUGACUUAGAAGAUGCACCACCUAUUGAUAGUUGGGAUAAAGUUUCUUACAUAAACCGGCCUGUUGAGAUACAAGGAGAAGGUAGAUGCUUCACGUUACUUGAUGCUGUGAAAAGCCUUCUGCCAGAUUAUUUUGUGGACAACUCCUUGGGCAGUGCUGAAUCAUUGACAGUAGGUGGUGAGGAAGAGCAAAGAGUUCCAUCCAAAGAUGCAAGUGAUGAUAAAAAAGCCGGAGAGGAUGACCAUGUAAAGGCUAGUAAUGAAUUUGAAGAGCCUGAAAUCAAGCUGGUCCGUAUACAAGGUAUUGAACCGAAACUGGAAAUACCAUUUUCUUGGGUGGCAAACAACUUAAUGCACCCAGAGCACUUCCUUCAUAUUUGUGUAUACCUGAAAGUACCAUAAGUCAAUAAUACUAUGUCAUAGGUGGCAUUUUGCAAUCAUGUUAUCCAUCUUAAUGAACACAAGUACAGCACUUAAGUUGUGAAUACAUAGAUUUCCAUCAUCCACUUGAUUUUUGUUUCCUCAACUUGCCUUAUGUUUUGGGUCGUCAUAUUCUCAGAUAAGUUCCUUGUGUUUGGAUCUUAACAACUCAUAUUGUUAAGUUGAAUUGGAUAAACCUAUAGAACAAGCUUACAAGUGAUUCCAUGUAUUUGAUUUUACGACCUUCUGUUUAAUAAUGACCAGUGUUUGAUUCUCGUUACAAUCUCAUGAAGGUCAUUGUUUUCAUUCGUAUUAUGACAGAAAGGAAAAUGUAAACCGGGAAGCAUGAUUUCUACCCUAUUCUGCUGUACUUGGUGCACCCCAGAAACUUAAUUUAACAAUGAACCUGCAUUAGAGAUUAGACAAUUUGGCACGCGAACUAAG